AUGGCCGGCAUUCCCUCCCUCGAGGAGGUGACCAACCUCGUCCGAAACGGAACCUCGGCGCCGACGACGCUUGCGCCGAAGGGAGCCGGUGGCUUCCCGUCCAACUUUGGCAUUGCGUCUUCCUCGGCCGAGGUGCCGGUGCAGAAGCCGAACCUCGUUCCGGUCUACAUCGACAUCCCGGGAGAGCUGCUGACGCCCGUCGCUGCGUACCUCAAGGUCGCGAACGGGUCAAAGGAGUCCUUCCUCCUCGAGUCCAUCACGGGUGGCGAGAACCUGGCGCGGUAUUCUUUCGUCGGCGCGAACCCCAUCAAGAGCGUGCGAACAGGACCUGGAUUCGACGCCGAGGGCGACCCGCUCAACAUUCUCGAGUCUGUCCUCGAGCCGUACCGCUAUGGAAGGAUCGAGGAGGUGCCCACAUUUACGGGAGGAGCCGUCGGCUUCAUCACGUACGAUGCUAUCCAGCACUUUGAGCCCGUCACGAAGCCGGCGACGCCGCACCGCGACCCCCUCCCCGGUCUUCCCGAGGCAUUCUUCAUGAUCGCCGAGACGAUCGUCAUCUUCGACCACAUCUUCCAGUCCAUCAAGAUUGUGUCCCACGUCUACCUCCCCGAUGGCACGCCCGAGUCGGAGCUUCCGCGGCUGUACGAGGAGGCUCGCGAGCGCAUCGCCGAGGUCAAGGCGCGCCUCGAGUCGCCCGAGGUCCCGCUCCCGCCGCAGGGCCCGAUCGAGCUCGGCAACGAGCCCGUCAGCAACGUCGGCAAGUCGGGAUACGAGGCGUUCGUGACCAAGCUCAAGGAGCACAUUGUCAAGGGUGACAUUAUCCAGGCUGUCCCGAGCCAGAGGCAGAAGCGCAAGACGGCGCUCCACCCAUUCAACGUGUACAGGCAUCUACGACGCGUGAACCCGUCGCCGUACAUGUUCUACGUCGACAGUGGGGAUGUCCAGCUCGUCGGUGCGUCGCCCGAGACGCUGUGCAAGGUCGAGAACCGCAAGGUGUACAACCACGCGAUUGCUGGAACCGUGAAGCGCGGCAAGACCCCGGCCGAGGACGCCAAGCUCGGCGCCGAGCUCCUCGCGUCGGAGAAGGACCGGGCUGAGCACAUCAUGCUGGUCGACCUGGCGCGCAACGACGUGAACCGCGUCUGCGCCCCAGAGACGGUCCAGGUGGACGACCUGAUGCGCCUCGAAAAGUUCUCGCACGUGAUCCACAUCACGUCGCAGAUCUCGGGCCAGCUGCGUCCCGACCAGUCGCGCUUUGACGCCUUCCGCUCCAUCUUCCCCGCGGGCACGGUCUCGGGCGCGCCAAAGGUGAAGGCGAUCCAGCUCGUUGGCGGGCUCGAGCAGGAGAAGCGCGGCGUAUACGCCGGUGCCGUGGGACGGUUCGACUUUGACCGCGACAACCUCGACACGUGCAUUGCCAUUCGCACCAUGACGUUUAUGGGCGGAAACGUCUAUCUCCAGGCUGGUGGCGGUAUCGUCUUUGACUCGGUUGAGGAGGACGAGGUGAGCUUGAUCGACCGAUGA